AUGGUAAACUGGGGGCACGCAUCUCAGCCCUGUCCGUCAUCCUGGUGUGUUCCACUGUUGCGGCUUGAUUCCCUGUGGUCGCGAAGCGGAUCCCUCACCUGCAUAUCCCACACUGUGUAUACAGUACCUGUGUGCGCGGUACUUUAG